AAUGUAAUACAUUUUACUAUUUCUAAUUUUUGAAGUAGUCUUUGUAACAGCUUAGUUAUGCACUGAAUCAAACCCCAUCUUAAACAAUAUGUACAAAGCAAAUAAUCCUGAUAUUUAAAAAAAAGAAUGGAAUUAUCAAUCAAUAACAUGUAUUAAUUAAUAAUCUAAAUUUAGCAUUUGAGCAGUGUAAAUAGGGAAUAACAUCAGAUACUAAAAAUUUUGAUGUUUCUUAAGUGUCCUUAUUAAAUCCUAAAAUCAGUUUAGAUGUUGGAGAGAUGAUUUAGUUAGUGAUGGAUAAUGCUUCAGGACCAUUGGCUUAAUAUAAGACAGAUUAAAUCAAAUUGACAUCCUGGGGAGCCACUAAUAUUGCAAGAUAUCAAUCUGUAUAUUUCACAAUUGGAAAGGCAGAGCAUAAUUUCGAUUUUUGGUCAAAAGCUCCUGAUGCUGAAAUUCAAGUGUAUUUCAUUUAGGAUUAAAUCUAUCAAUAAUGUUAAAAUGAACCUCUUUAUGCUGUAUUAUCAAUCCCAAUCUAUGGACUUACAGAGAUAUAAGAUAUUAGAUAUACAAUAAAUAUGAAUGUCUCAACAAAUCUAGAUUAAAUUACAGAUUUCAAUUUCAAAUAGAAUAUACUUGGUGCAUAUCAUUCUGAUAUGACUAGUUUUGUGUCUUAUAAGGCACCACUCAAUAUUCCGUAAAGAUUUAAUCAUAUGAAAUCAUAGGCCAUGUGAAAAUACUAAUUGGUUUGUGUUGACAUAGCCAUAAUUCAUUAAAUAAAUAUUGUUAUAGAGUUUACUGGGUUUAAAUGCAGUAAAUACCUUAUAAAGAACUUAGUUGGAUGGCACAUAUUUGAAUUUCAUAAAAGGAGUAAGAUUAUUUUAUAAUUCUUUAUAGAGAUUCAUUUAUGAAGGAGAAGAUGAUAUGAAAGAUUAUGAUGAUACUGUAGAAUGGGCUGCUACAUGGGUUGCCUCUAUAAUUCCAUGCUUAUUUUUUGCAUUGAUUGUUUGUGUCUAUGGUUAAUAUGAACUUUCAAAUAUUGGAAGAUUUAAGAGACCUGAUGUUAAAUAACAUGAAGGAGUUGAAUAAGAAGCAUUACAUCAAGAUGAUGCUAUAGAAAAUAAACUUGCAUGAC